AUGGAGUAGAACAACAGUGUAGAAGAUUUCUCUUUCAAUGUAUUUUCUGUCACUCCAUAUCAGCCCAACAGAUCUGAUGUCCUGGUGUCAGAUGAUGACAAAGCUGGUACCACUUUACUCUUUUCAGGUGUUUUUUUAGGGAUGGCGGGGAUCACUUUCACAGUGAUGGGAUGGAUCAAAUAUGCUGGCAUUAUUCACUUUGAGUGGACUCAGUUAUUAGGGCCCAUUCUGCUCUCUGUUGGUGUGACUUUUGUUCUGAUUGCCAGGUGCAAAUUUAAAAUUCUGACAUGUAAUUCUUGCAAAGAAUGUGAUGAAAGUGCCUCAGCUACAGACCAGUCUCCAAGUGGACAAUCCUUUGUUUUUACUAGAAUUAACCAACCUAUAACUUUUCAUGGUGCUACAGUGGUACCAUACAUCCCUCUUCCUCAUCCAGCCCAGGAAGGCAUUGCUGUGCAUCCAGUGCUCAGUUACUGUGGUGUUGCUUCAUCCAGUGGAUCAACAAUUCCUUCCCCAACCUCUCCUCUGUACUCAAACUCUCGUACUGUCCACUCUCUGGAUAACCCAGCUAUUCCUGAAAAUGAAAACUACCCUGCUUAUCUGGUAGCAGACACAAGAGAUGAGAGAUCAAGUCUACUAAAAUGUUUAUUAGUUAAUAUGGAUAUAGUUAUUUGAAAUUUUAAAGCACUUCAUGAGCACUAAGUAGUAGUGUUAUUAGUGCUAAGUAGUAUUGUUAUCCAGUCAAAUGUUAUUGAACCCCAAUGUUGUGGUGCUUUCUGUGUACAGCAUUAUUCAUGUAUUUAUUUUUUAAUAUGUGUGCUCUGAUUUAUGUCUAUAUGGUAUCUUGUAUAAUUUACCUGGGAAAUGGUAAUAUCAAAAAUUUGUUAAAAUCGCCAUCUUGAAUGGUGUCUAGUAGUUGUUUGGCCGCCAUAUUGGCUACCCUUCUCUUUGGAACUUUGGCACCCUUUUGUUUGAGUUUGGCGCUCUUUUGUGGAAAGGCGGGAAAAGGAAUGGUCAGGUGGUCACUAAACGCCUAGAGACUAGAGGAUAUAAAAGACCCCCACACAGGCUGUAGGGUGCUGUCCUCCCUAGAACCACCAGAAGGUCUCUGAGAGAAACCACCACAGCUACUUACCUGAGAAGUAAUCCUGAUCCUGAUCCUAAUCCUAAUCCUGGUUCAGCAGUCCGAUGAAGUGAGCUGUAGCUCACGAAAGUUUAUGCUCAAAUAAAUUUGUUAGUCUCUAAGGUGCCACAAGUACUCCUUUUCUUUUUGCGAAUACAGACUAACACGGCUGCUACUCUGAAAGAUGGGGGAGAGACCAGAAAAAUAUCUGUAAAAAUAUCUCAAAAAAGGUUACUUUAUUGGUUGGCUGGUAUGUCCCCCCCAUAAUAAAUGGAAUUGCUGUAAGUGACACCCCUGAGUUUUAAGCGGCCCUGGUCCAAGACUUAUUACCUGCCAUUAGAAUCUCCAUGGGCCCGAUUAAUGUAAAAAAUGUAAGUCUUAAGGAAUUGGAAAGGUUAAUGCAGGAAGCUUUUGAAUUA